AGUACACCAUAGAGUAUCGCGCGCGCCGCUCCUGCUCGCGCGCCACACGGAUAACUCGUGCUCACGUGUAAUACUCGAAUUAAAAUCGCGUGACAAAAAAGUUUAUAAUCUCAGUGAAUAAUGCCGCUUAUAGUGUGGUAAUAGAAAGAUUCAAGGCAGUGUCAAGGGCGAUCAACAAACAUGGCUCCAGCGCAACAGGACGUUCUGAUGUGUAAAGAAUCGGUGCAGUCACAAAUAAAAAUAAGACAUAUAGAUAGUGAAUUUAAAAUUGAAAAUGGUGAUGUCAGUGAAAAUAACAACGUGGUGGCAAAAAACGGUGCCAGUGACGAAACAAACAGUGACAAAGACUUCGACUUGAGCAAAUACGAAGCGAUGGAGUUCACUGCACGAAUAAAGUGGCCGGACCUAAUAGUUCAAUUAGUAUUACAUUUAGUUUCAAUAUACGGACUUUAUUUAACUUUAACAUUUCAAGUGAAAAUCCUCACAAUUUUAUUUGUGUUAGCAACGAUAUACACGUCAGGGUUCGGCAUAACAGCCGGUGUACACAGACUGUGGUCACAUCGAGCGUACCGCGCGAAGCUGCCGCUACGGAUACUCCUCGCCUUCCUAUUUACAAUAACUGGACAGCGUGAUAUAUACACCUGGGCUCUGGAUCACCGGGUACACCACAAGUAUUCAGAGACGGUUGCCGAUCCUCAUGACGUCCGACGAGGCUUUUGGUUCGCGCACGUCGGUUGGCUAGUGCUGACGCCGCACCCCGCUGUGGAAAAUCGCCGCGCUGCAUUAAGACUCACUGCCACAGAUCUCAUCGCUGAUCCAGUCGUCAGGAUACAGAAGUUAACUUUCAUACCACUGUUUGCGCUCUUGAACAUAGUGGUACCUACAGCAGUCCCCUGGUAUUGUUGGCAGGAGACCCUAUUCAAUAGUUUUGUGCUCAGUUUCGUCACACGAUUCACCAUCACCUUAAAUAUCGCUUACUGUGUCAACAGCUUCGCACAUCUCUGGGGCAAUAAGCCCUAUGAUAGAUUUAUCAGAUCUGUGGAGAACCAAGCGGUGAGCUUGGCAGCCUUAGGUGAGGGCUGGCACAACUAUCAUCAUGUGUUCCCAUGGGACUAUCGCACCUCCGAACUGGGAAGGAUCAACAUCUCUACUAAUUUCAUCGAUACCUUCGCGAAAAUCGGCUGGGCAUAUGACCUCAAAGCUGCAAGUACAACGAUGAUUAUCAACAGAGCUAAGAAAACAGGAGAUGGUACGUUCGGAGAAACCGAGGAACCGGAUCCGAGUCCUUCAGAAUACAAACACUUGUAGCUCAUACUUCUUAAUAACUCAAAUUAUAUAAGUACAAAUUCAUACGUUUCACAUUGUUACUAUAUUAUUAAUUCUUUAAAAGCUUAUUUUUGUGGGCUUCCUUGUAUACUUAUCUUUAAAAAUCUUAGUGUUUUUUUUUUAAAUAUAACCACUCUUUACUUUAUGAUACAAAAAAGCGAAAGAGUCUGCAAUUGUCUAAGAUUAUUCCUUUUUCUCAAUACAAACAUUCUGAUGGCAUUUUUUCUCUUUUGAUUCACAAAUGUUUGUUAACAUAACCUGAAUAUAUAUUUGCCAGAAUAUAAUGAAAUACAUUAAUGAACUUUGAAUUUUCUGUUUAAAAUCGUAUAAAUAAAGAAUCGCCGAACUGUAAAUAGGUUUACUUUAAAUUUCCGUUAACUCUAAGUUAUGGAAAUGUAAUAAACUUACAAAAGAUGCAAGAAACGAUAUGGCUGAGAAAUAACAACAGCG